AUGAAAAUUGUUGGACCUGUGAUUAGCGCAACUGAAAGAAUCAGAAACCACAAAGUGAAUAGGAGUAACGAGAACAACAACAGAGACUUUGCCGAUCUUCUGGAAUGGUGCGGUGGUGAAACAGCUAAAAAGGAGAAUGAGAUCUUGGUGGAAAAAAAUAGGAAAGGAGGAAAAAAAGCCAAGGUGAAACAUCGUGGAUGUGGAAGACGAUAA